UUUUUACUAUUCGGUCAUGCUUAUCUCCUUAUCCUAAACAAAACAAACACCACCCCUUAAGCUAUCAAAAUUUCUCUCUGUUUUUCAAACGGGUUCUCGUGACAUUCUUGAAGUAGUACUACUGCUGUAUAAUAACUGUUGCUUCUAUCGUUUUUCAGGAUGGAAGAUCAAAUUGUGGAGUGGAGGAUUGUGGAGCAUACUUCUUUAGAAGAUGAGGAAGAAGAAGAAGAUGAUGAUAACGAGGGGGAAAUGAAAGAGAGUAAGAUAAGAUGGAUUUUUAAUAAAGGAUUGUGGUUGGGGAAGAAGGUUAUGAUCACCGGUAUUGUAAUCUCUUCUGCGCCAGUAGUUCUCCCUCCGCUUUUCGUUAUUUCUGCACUUGGGUUUGCAUCUUCGGUCCCUUUUGGUAUUGCUUUUGCUGGUUAUACUUGUACUGAGAAGCUUAUGAACAAGUUGCUUCCAAGAUCAGAGCCACCACCUCUAUUGUUGGAGUAUGAGGAAAUGUAUGGAGACGACGAAGACGAAUUUGAUGAACAAGUAGGAGGGAAAGGUCCUGGUUUUGGUGGUGAAAUGUUGAUGGAAGAAGAGGAAAAGAAUGAAAAGGAGGAUGUAAAAGAAGGGGUUGAAAUGAGGAUUGAGUUGGUGAUGGAUGAGAGCGCGGGACCUACUCUUGUUGAAGAUGAAGACGUUGGAAGAGCCGAAGAAGAAAGAGAGACUAAUGUUGAUGAGGGUGUUAAAGAGGAAGGAUAUGAAGAAGAUGUGGGUGAAUACUUGGAAGGAGAGAGUGAGGGACCAAUGAAGGAGAUGAAUUUGGAAACUGAACGAGGGAGAGAAGCAGAAAAUUGGGAAUUUGAUGAAAAAAUUAAGAAAACAGAGGGUUUGGAUCUGGUGGCCACAGAAGCCAGGGGAGAAAAUGAGGGUGAAAAAGAUGUUACUUUAACACCAGGUCUGCCAGAGAGGAAUUUGGUUGAAGUAUAUGAAGAGAAUUCAGGUGGACUUGAGGGAAAUGAGGAUGGGAAAGAUACUCGUCCAGAAGUAGUAGAGAAGUCAUUGGAAAGCAAAGAUGAGAAGGUAGAUAGUCUUGUGAAAGAGAUUCAAGGAACAAAAACUGAAAAAGGACCUGAGGUUACUUCAGAAGAAAAAGAGGUUUUAGAAGUAACGAAGAAACCAAAUGUCAGCAAAAGCUCGAAGAAACACCACAAAAAGAAGAAAGCAAAUGAUGGGAAAAAUGUUGCAAUAUCAGAUAAAGGGGAAGGGUUGAGCAACAAGCAGCAGGAAGACACUGAUGUGAAAAUGAUAGUAAAAAAGGAAGAGAUGAGGGAUGAAGUUGAGGUGAAGCAAGACGAGAAGCAUUUACCAGUGAAAAGGGAGACUAAAGAAGGAAAAGACGAGGUCAACCGAAGUGGUGCUUCCAAAAAGGCAAAGAAAGCUGCUGAGGUGGACAAAACACUGUCCGGGAGCAGAGAUACAAGAAAUGGCAAGGAUGUUGGGCAAGCUGCAAACUCAACUAAGGAUCCUAAAGAAAUAUCCAAUGGUAAGCAUGUCGCUAAAGAUGCUUCUCGCCCAUUGGAAGGAAAAGAUAACCUGGUAGUUGCAAAAGAGGUUCAAAGGAAGGCAUCUGAUGUCCAAGGGAACCUUCCGUCUGAAAGAAAAGGGACCACUGAUCAAAAGAAAAAUGCAAAUGCAAGUGGUGUCCCUCAGGUUCCUGGAAGAGCAGGGAUUGCGGAGGCCAAACAUGCCAAGGAGCUCUUCAGUGAGGAGAAGAUAUGGGAGAAGAUAAACGCAAUGAGAACAAUCGUAGGAUACACGGUGGCACCUCAACCUUUGUUGGUAGAUGAACUAAAGGCAUUAUACAUCUUUACUGGAGUCGAGCCGCCAUCUAUGUUCAGUAACUUGUCCAAUUUGGCAGAAGUGAAUGACAAGCUUCAGUUUCUUAUGUCGAUUGUGGGGAUAAAGUGAACUAUUAGUGCUUUGUUUGGACAGUAUUUUCUCAUUAUCUCCUUUUGUGUUGUUAGUUUGUUAAAUUUUACCUUGAUACCGGAUUUGUGUAUGAUUAUGCUAGAAAUUGCACUAAGAUAUUUCGCUGUAAAAUCAUCACCUUGAAUGUCAUACAGUGAGUUCUGGAUC